GAGCCUUGCCUUUCUCCUUUGGGGUCCCAACCAAAAACUUCACCAGUUCAUCUCUCACCUCUCCCCCCCUUAUAAAAACAAGCACAGAUCCACGUACUGAAAACUCGUUCAAGCUAAAACGCCACUGCUUCUACUACUGCUGCUACUACGGAAGAGAAUCCAUUAAAGAAACCUCGCCUCAGCUACUAGAAGAAAAACCAAGAAUUAAUGGCUAGUGCGAAGAGCGAAGAUGUGAAAGUUGUGAUCAUUGAUACUCAAUACAUUUUAACUGAUCCAUUGAGCUUCAAGUCCGUUGUUCAAAGUCUUACUGGUAAAGAUUCUUGUGUUUCUUGGGUUCAAGAAAGUUCCUUUAGCACUGGUGCAAAGAGGAAAAGAGAGCCAGAAGGUAAUAAUGGUGAACUUGAAUAUUAUUCAGGUAAUGGAGGUAAAGGUGAUCUGUUUGGCGGUGGCAGUGAUUGGAUGUUAUCAAAAGGAUUGUCGUUUGAAGAUUUGGAUAGACUGAUUUCUGAGAUGCCUCCAAUGGAGGAGAGAUACCAGUUGUUGGCCCAGAGUAAUUUGGUUUAGUUCUUAUGAUAUAGAUUCUUGGGAGAUUCUUUAUAGGUAUUAUAUUUUGUUUUGUUUUAGAAGAGAUAGCAAUGUAAAAGAAAUUAUUUGUGUAGUUUUAUAAUUUAGGCUAUUUGUUUCUUUAGUUGUAUGAUGAUUCUUUUUUUUCCAAUUAAUUUAGUCUGACGCUCUACAACGAGUGGCUGUAAUUCAAAAAUCUAGACAACUACAUGUCGUAUCGUUUUAAGGAGAGGGAUACAUACCCAUUACCCAUGCAUAUUUGGGCAACUUGGGCUUUAAAUCCAUUCUUAUUUUCAUGUACUAGACCUGCCAUUCAUGUAAAAGUUGCAUUGUGAUGA